AUGCCGUCGUCGUCGUCGUCAGCCUCGACGCCGGCCGCCGCAUCCGGCGGCCUCUUCGAGUUGGGGUCCGCGGCGAGCGUGCCGGAGACGCACGCGUGGCCGGGGGUGAACGAGCACCCGUCGGUGGAGUCCGCUGGCCGCGACGCGGUCCCGGUGGUGGACAUGGGCAUGGGCGGCCCGGACGACGCCGACGCGGCGGCGCGGGCAGUGGCGCGCGCCGCCGAGGAGUGGGGCGCGUUCCUGCUCGUCGGCCACGGCGUGCCGCGGGGCGUGGCGGCGCGCGCCGAGGCGCAGGUCGCGCGCCUGUUCGCGCUCCCGGCUCCCGACAAGGCCCGCGCUGCCCGUCGCCGCCGUGCCGCCGCCGCCGCCGCCGCCGGCUACGGCAUGCCGCCCCUGGCGCUCCGCUUCUCCAAGCUCAUGUGGUCCGAGGCGUACACGUUCCCCGCCGCCGCCGUCCGCGACGAGUUCCGCCGCGUCUGGCCCGACGCCGGCGACGACUACCUCCGCUUCUGCGACGUGAUGGAGGAGUACGACAGAGAGAUGAGGGCUCUCGGCGGCAGGCUGCUCGACCUAUUCUUCAUGGCGCUCGGCGGCGGCCUCACCGACGACGACCAGAUCGCCGGCGGCGAGACGACGACGACGGAGCGGAAGAUCCGAGACAACUUGACGGCGAUGAUGCACCCGAUCCUGUACCCCAAGUGCCCGGAACCGGAGCGCGCCAUGGGGCUGGCGCCGCACACGGACUCGGGCUUCAUCACGCUCAUCACGCAGAGCGCCGGCGUGCCGGGGCUGCAGCUGCUCCGCCGCGGGCCGGACAGGUGGGUGACGGUGCCGGCGCCGCCGGGCGCGUUCGUCGUCGUGCUCGGCGACCUCUUCCAGGUGCUCACCAACGGCCGCUACCGGAGCGCGCUCCACCGCGCCGUCGUGAACAGGGAGCGCGACCGGAUCUCCGUGCCCUACUUCCUCGGCCCGCCGGACGGCAUGAAGGUGGCGCCGCUCGCGUCGGCUCUGCUGCCGGGGAGGAGGAAGGCCGCGUUCCGGGCCGUGACGUGGCCGGAGUACAUGGAGCUCAAGCACAAGGUGCUCGGCACGGAUACGUCGGCGCUGGAGAUGCUGCAGUUGGACGAGGAAGAGAUGGUGGGAGGGGGCCCGCCACCUAAGAAACUAUUCCUUCGGUUCAAAACGAAAGGAAUUUUGUCUUUUCUACAUAAUUAG